AUGUGGUCCCAAAUUUUGCGAUGCACACAGCAAACGCUUGGAACUGUGGCAUUUUUCACUAAUUUUUUACUGAUAUGGCUGAUUAUGAUGAAAUCGCCAAAAGCCAUGUACACCUACAAACAUAUUAUGGUUUUUACUUCGGUUUUCGAGAUCUUCUACGCUUGGAUUGAUAUGUUUGUGGCACCGGAACUAAUCACCAAAAGAACAUACUGGAUCGCUGAAACGGAUACAACUAAAACCUGGCUACCAUUAUCGAUUGUUUAUCCAUUGUUGUUGGCUUGGGGAGGCUCAUUUGGAAUCGCCUUGGCCAGUUUUAUCGUUCAUUUCAUGUUCAGAUAUUUCACAAUUAUUGGAAAUAAAUUUUUGUUGUCUCAAAAGAAUUUUAUGGUCUACAUUUGGCUGAGUAUUCCAGUAAUUUGUGGAUUUUUCUAUGCACUUUUGACACAUAUUUUUCUACAGCAAAAUGAGAUAAUGGAUACACUGAUAUGCACAGACAUUGAAAGUCUCCGAAAUGUUCCGAAAAAUGAGAUGACAUUUUCCUUCUUCACCAUGACGAUUUUCGCUAUCAAAGGCUACUCAGCAAUUCGAAAGUUUCAAGGAACCCACACAAACUUAUCCAGUCUCUCGAAAUCUCUCCAAACCCAAUUAUUCUACUCAUUGGUCAUACAAACUGCAAUUCCGACAAUUCUCAUUCAUUUCCCGUCUACAGUAAUCCUCAUUCGCUCAUUUAUGGGCACAACUGAAGAGAUCUACGGUCACAUUUUUACAAUUUCCGUUUCCCUAUUUCCUGUUAUCGACCCACUUCCCAGUAUGAUUAUUAUACAACCCUAUAGAAAAGCAAUUAAAACAUGCUUCAGAUUGUCUAAAGGUCAAAAUUCAACAAUAGCAUCGUCUUAUGUUGGCUCUAGAACUACCACUUUUUGA